AUGGCUGGAGUAGAUGGUCAUGUUGUUGACAACUCAUGGCCUAUAAUUAGAUGGGCUGGGGGAAAAGAUGAUAAAUACUUUGCCACACUUAUCAAAAACACUACUGCUACGCAAGAAGGCGCGGCUGUGAAUUUUGAUGAUGUUGUGGGCAUGUCUUGGUCUCCUACUGAACCAAUCCUUUCACUGUUGAAAGGGGAUGUCAAGAACCAGCCUAAAAAGGUUGUUUUUCUGCAAAUACCGGGCUAUGUGGAGCUGAUGCACAAGGAUAUUCUCAGCGUUAGCGACUGUAAGAUGUACUGGCAGAGCAAAGGAAAGUAUCUUGCUGUCCAAGUUACUCGACAUACGUGCUCUCUGUUUGAGCUUUUCCGCUUCAAUAAGGUACAAGGCAUUACCACCGAGGCUCUUGAAGUGGAUGAGAAAAUCCUUGCUUUCGCGUGGGAGCCGAGCGGUCACAGGUUUGCCGUGAUUCACGGAGAUCAAUCAAAGCCAAAUGUCAGUUUCUAUUCUAUGGAGACACCCCAAAACCCUGGAAAAGUUUCAAAGCUAGCUACCUUUGACGACAAGGAAGCUGAUGCUCUCUUCUGGUCGCCAAGAGGCAAGCACAUCGUUCUCGCUGGUUUGAAAGCUGCUUCAAUGGCCAUCUCGAGUUUUUCGACGUGGAUAAGCUUGAGAUGUAGUAGGUAG